AUGCGGAGAGCCACGAGUGUAUCACGAGACCACCUGGCGUCACUGGGAACGUGCAUCGGCAAGUUCACCAAGUCGGGCAGCUUCCGCCUCACAGUCACGGCGCUCGACCUGCUUGCAGCAUACGCCAAGUGCAAGGUGUGGGUGAAGCCAGCAGCGGAGAUGUCAUUCCUCUACGGCAAUCACGUGCUCAAGAGCGGGCUCGGGAGAAUCACCGAGAGCACGCAGCAGAACCAGGGCGUGGUGGUGCUAUCCAUGUCAGACGUGCCGCUGGGCUUUGGCGUGGCAGCCAAGUCGACACAGGAGUGCCGGAAACUCGACCCCAACGCCAUUGUUGUGUUCCACCAGGCCGACACAGCCAAGUCCACACAGGAGUGCCGGAAACUCGACCCCAACGCCAUCGUUGUGUUCCACCAGGCCGACACAGGUGGGGCUCUGAUUGCUUGCUAG